AAAAUCUAGUACAUGUAUUAAAUACUUCAACUGAACAUUAAAAUACGCAACACGGUAAAUCGGAGAAGAUGAAUGCUUUACUAGAAAUUAUAUAUAGUGGACUGGCAUUUGUUUGUAUAGCAGUUGGUCUAGAAAAUCUAGCUCAAAACCCAGUGUAUAUGGGAGCAGCUUCUCAAAGUUUAGUUCACAAAAACAACUGGGCGGCAGCAGAUAAAGCAGUAGAUGGACACACUCUAGAGGAAGAUGGAAAAGAUUACUGUAGCUUCACGCGUUCUAACAAAUCAAAGACUGCAUGGUGGAAAUUACCUUUGCUUCAAAAGUCCAAUGUCGCUUACUUGCUACUUUUCCUCAGACAAACAACCAUAAAUCGGCAUACUGGUUUCAGUGUGUUUGUAUUUAAUGAGCCAUCGUAUAUACCGCCAUUUACUGGUGGGUAUAGAGUGUUCCAGCAGGAUCCAUCGUCCUGUCCAAACCAUGUGAUGAAUGUCACUGUCAACAGAGUGAUUAAAGGAAUAGCACUAUAUAAUUCCAAGACCCCUCCACUCGUUACAGGCUGUGCAGGAUAUGAACCUUCGUAUGCUACUAUUGAAAUAUGUGAAGUAAUGGUCAUGGGGUGUCACUUUCAACAUUAUGGAGACAACUGCGCACCAUGCUCAGAAAAAUGUCUGAACCAAGAAUGUGAUGCAUUUAAUGGUUCCUGUAUUUAUGGAUGUAGUAACAAUUUACUUAAACCACCACACUGUUGUGUAGAUUAUAAAUAUGGACCAAGCUGUGCAUUCGACUGUGGCCACUGUAAGGACGGUAAACCAUGCUCCAAGACAAAUGGAACGUGUUUUGAUGGGUGUGAGGCAGGCUGGACGGGAAUAUUAUGUUUGAAAAUUUCAUCGUCCGCUGGUGAUGCAGAUGAAGAUUGUUCAAAGACCUCAUCUGUAAUUAUAUCAGUUAUUUCAACACUUGUUUUUGUAGCAAUUAUAACCGUAAUGGUUAUAAUUGUAUACAAAAAGAGGUUAUCGAGAACCAUGCAAAGUGGAAAAAAUCAGCCAAACGAAGAUAGAAAAGAGUUUGACGAAAAUCCCAAGUUUUAUAAUCAAGUUGGAAUUAAAAAUGACUGCCAGACCUAUGAUGAUAUCAAUUUGUAAUACCUACUUGAAGACUCGACUUAUCAUUAGAACUGUUCUAUAUUUUUAGAGAGCAAAUGUUAAGUUUGUCUGUAUUUUAGCUCGGGAUCAAUUUUACACUCUUAUUUGUGGAUGGAUAUUUCCUUUUUAUUUUCCGAUCAUGACAUGGAGCACAUGGCAGAUGUGGCCUGUUAGUUUGGGAUGUUCACUUCCUCGUGGCACCUGAUGACACCUCUCAGUUUCUGGGGUGCUAUUUUGGCACUGUUCCACUUUCAUAUUGUUUAAUAUACUGUUGGAGUUGAAUACAGUUCGUUAUCUCCAUUAUGUCAUAGAAUUUGUUACGUCUUUUGUCGGAAAAGGUUCUUUCUUUUUUAAAUAAAUUCAAUGUAAGUAGAACACUAUAAUAGAUGUCAUAUUCAUUGUUGAUGAAAUAAGUCCUCUCUAAGACAUAAUUUUUAUAAACUCUGCCUUAUAAACACUAUAAUAGAUGUCAUAUUUAUUGCUGAUGAAAUAAGUCCUCUCUAAGACAUAAUUUUUAUAAACUUUGCCUUUAAAACUAGAAUGUCCCAGACAAUAUCAGUAAUUCGAAACGGAAGUAAAUUGCCAGAAGAACUUGAUUUAAUUUGUGAUUUAUUUUCUCCGAUUUGUCUUCACAAAAGUUUCUCUGGAUUCAUGUUUGACAUAUAAUGCUGAUUCGUUCAUUCGACUUAAAUGCAUGAUAAUCUUUUAUUGAGGUUUUCAUUUCCUACUUGCACUAUAAAAUUGUUCAUGUAGAUAACAAAGAGAAGCAGAAUCAAAAAAGUAUUGAGAUAAACUACAUUAACUUCAAUAUUUCAAUAAUGCAAAUGAAAUAUCACGAUAAAAUUAAAUUUUAAUUUACAAUUUUUUCCAAGUGUCUGUUAAAUAUGAAAAAAAUAGUUUUUUCAUGAAUACAGUUUUUGCCUGUUUUAUUUCUAAAACCAUAUUUAUGGAAGGCAAGCCUAGUUUUUCAUUCAAAAAUGUCUAUAAAUAAAUAUCAUUUAUGCGAAAUUGAUCCGGAUUUGCAGAAUUUUCAAUUGACAAAGGAAUUUUAGUUAAAUGUUCAAAAGCUUAAAAUGAUACCUUUAAGUAAAGUUAAAACCUGAUUUUAAAAAACAAAACUUUUAAAUAAAAAUGUUAAAAUAUGUUUAAAUUCUACAACGAAAUAUAUAACUGUUAACCCCCUCCCCUUCCCAAUAUUUUCAAUUACAGUAGGGAAAUAGAGCAUGCAAAGCAUUUUCAGCUCGACUUUUAUGAUACAUACGGUCAGUUAAUCUCUUUAUAUGACGGAAAUAAAUGUUCUUUGUUAUUUAAUUGCUUGUUGUUACAAAAAAAAAAUUAAAAUUUUCUCAACCCUACUGCAGUACUGGACCUUUGGACUUCCGGUCCACAGACUGGCAUUCCUGUAAAUGACACGUAUGAGGCUGAUAAGGCGUAAUGUGGUGUUUAUUUUUUACUUUUAAUUUGAAAUUGCAAAAUUGAAGAUGUCCUAAAUUAAACGUACAAAGUCAGAACAAACAGAAAAAAAAUUAAAUUAAAGUGCUUAUUAUUUAGAACAUCAAACGUUAUAUUACUGUAAUGCUCUGGAUUUUUUUAAAGCAAGCGAAGGGGAUUGUGAUUCUGCUUUCCCACAAGUACUUGUGUACAUGACCCCCCACCCACCGUCCAUUUUCACUCUGGGGCUUCUUAAACUUUUUUCACAAGUUAUAUUUAUUACCCUUAUUCAUCAUGUGCACCAUAGCGGGAAAAAAAGCAUGAAAACCCUAAAAAAAAAAUCAUUUCACAAAAAUACCUCACUAUACAUUAUAAGAG